CUUUCGACGGGCAAUGAGGGGCUCUUUACUGUAGAACAAGUCACCACGGCAACGCGCGCACACUCCACACUGUAUUUAUUUCACCUUGGCGGGGCACAUCCUUUCCUCUUCCUCUUCGUUUUCCUCAACCAUCAUCACUUUCACCUUCAACCUUUACCUUUUCCCACUCCAACUUCCAAACACUCUCACUUUCUGAACUGAACAACGUCAACCAGUCUUCAAAAAUCAACGUAGUCUACGGUUUGGUCACCCAACUUUCUCUCACUUCCUCAGCAACUGCAUCUACAAGCUUGGAUGAACGCACACCCCUCUCACUACUACAACUUCUUCUUUGUCAACCUCACUUUCUUCAUUCCAUCAUCACAGCUACAGCAAGCAAAUUCAGCGCGACGCAGCUAGCCCCUCUUCAUUUCUCUUUUGAAAACCUCACUUUCUUCACUUCGUGAUAACAGCCACAGCAAGUACAAGGCAGCGCGACGCAGUCAUGUCGACCCCGCAAGCUACCCAGGAGCCGCAGGAUGCGCUGGUGCAGAGCAUCGCGAACCUUGUCAACACCACGGACGCGUUGGCGGAGAUUAUCGCUCGCGUUAACAACAGCCUCUCAGAAACUUCUCAAGCUGAUGAAGCUUUCACCGUCGCCUUGGUUUAUCUUGAGAAUGUCAAGGGCCAGUUCCUCAACCUCGUCGCAAGCGCACAGGAGGCUGCCAGCUUGAAUCUUGCUACCAAGCUGCAGAUUGAACAGGCGACCAAGCAGUUGGAGCAGCUGCAGAAGAAGAUCAAAGACCAGCUGGAGCUGGACUCGAAGGAAGUUGCGGGGCAUAUCAAGAAGCAGUUUGAGCUGGCUUUCAAGGUGAUGUCGGAGAAUUUCAAGAAGCAGUUGGAGCUAACCUCAAAGGAGAUGGCGGACGACUCAAAGAAUAUGGCAGAUAAAUGCGUCAAGGCACUGGCUCUUACUGGUGAGGCCAUGGUCGAGCAAGUCGAGAAACUCGAGCACACUUCAGAGGAGAUGGAGAAGGAUUCAAAGAAGAUGUCGGAGCAAGCCAAAGAGGAGAUCAAGCAGAUGGCAGAGAACGCUAACAAGACGAUCAUUAAUUCUUCAGAGGCCAUGGUUGACCAAAUCUACAACCUGGAGUACGGUGCCGACGAGAUUCAGGUGGACGUGAGGGAGGUAAAGGAGCAAUGCAAGGAGGUCUUGGGUCAGUCAAAGGAGGUGAUGGUACUGACAAUGGAGGAACUCAAGCUCGCAAAGGAAGACAUGCAGCGCGAGAGACUGCUGUUCAAGGACCAGCAUGACCGUCUCGAGCAGAAGAUCGAGGAGAUGUAUCGUGUCCUGGAGGGCAGAGACGCCGAGAACAAGGGUCUCAAGGCACUUUACAGCAAGCUGAGCUCACAUGCACUUCGCAGUGUCCAGAACGCCACCAACUUCCGCGACGCGCAGUACAAGUUCCUCGUCGACGGGUUUGCCAGAUUCGAGCAGAAGAUCGCCUUCAUCACUCACCACAUCGGCAACACCAGCGCGAUCUCCGGCAAAGCCUCAACUGCCGUCACCACUAACGAUGCAUCCAAGGCUGACAAGACCAGCAAAAGCCCCAAGAGCACCAAGGAGGACAAAAUCGCCGAGUUACAGAAGAUCGUCAGAGACCUCAAGUACGAGCGCGACGUCCUCACCGGCAACAACAAGCUCCUCGAGCUCCGCCUCGCCAAAUUCGAGCAGGAAGCCCUCGCCACUUCCCCCGCACCCGAGCAACCCGUCCCCGACACUCCGUGCCCGACGCUCAAGUCCACCAAAUCCAAGCGCUCCCUCACCGAGACCGGCGAGCCUCUAGCCCAGCUGACCCUCUCCGACUCAGAGACCACCACCGUCGUCGCCAGCGCCCGCCCCUCCGUCGAAAGCCUCAUCCAGCCCGACCUCUGGGAGCGCCUCAUCGCCCCGGCUUUGCUCAGCGACGAGAUCAAGCGUCGCCUGCGCCUGAUCAAGCCCCAGGUAACCGGCGGUCUGCGUCUCGAGACGCUGUUCCUGCGCGUGGUCAACAUCGCCGUGCACGAUCAGGCCUGGGAGAACUUCGACUCCCUUUUGAAACAGGGCACGAUUUCGCAGUGGUACUGCGUUGAUGGCUUGGUGAAGAAUGGUUUGGGGCGCGGCUCCACCAUUCUGGUGGGUCACCAGUGCGAUGGCCACAGAGCGUUCCCACAGGGACGUGAUGCCAAAGACCGUCAUGCCCUGGGGUACGGUAUCUGGGUUAUCAUGACACCACAUGGUCUGUGUCGUGAUGUUAGACCAAUCCCGCUGCAGCCUGUCCAUAAAGAGUACGAGGUCUGA